AAUAAACGAAGCAGCAGUCAUGUCGCGGGAUAGUUGAGGUUAACUUGGCAAUGAUUCGGGUCUACCGUCGGAAAUGCGAUAUUCGAGCGAGUUAUUUCGGUCCCUAAAAACGGCUCUGCGUUAAAUUUAGACUCAGUUGAUCUCAUUCGCGGGCAAAUUUGGAACUUCUUGCGGGAACUAUGGAGCAACAUGGCCGACCUGGCGGACAAGAUAGACGACUUAAUUUGUAGUUUUGACGGUGCAGCGGAUACCACGAUGGAUACGAUUGCUAUGUAUUUGUUCGGGUGGAUGGUGUUUAGUUUGUUCGUUUUGGCUAUCGGCAAGUACAUCUACGGCAACUUUGUAAGUGCUAAAGAGUCGAAAAGUGGCAGUGUUGUGACAGAGACGGUCAUCUCCUCUUCCUUGGCUGCAGAGCCACUUAUCAAACCAUCACUCUUAAUCCCUAAAGAAAAAAAAGCCAGUACCCCUGCCCCUGUCAGUAAUGCUCCAAGCACAGGUGGUAAAUAUGUCCCUCCAACACCCCCUACUCGAAAGCGACUGGGCUCCAAGUCAGGUCGCAACUCAGUCCCUCCACUGGCUCGACCCAAAUCAGCAUCCAACCUUUUGCCACCUGUUGCGUUGGGCCCUGAUAGUGAAAGUGUCAAGUGGGUAAAUGAAUUGUUUCUGUGGUUGUACUCGGAUUUCCCUGCCGUUCAAGAGCUACUCACCGACUGGAUUUUCUCCCUCAAUGAGUUCAUGAAGAAAUCAGUCGAAGAGCACGGCGUGGGCGUCGAGCUAGUGCGUGUUUUGACCGAAACGCAUCCACCCAACAUAACCAACGUCUUCUGCGAGUGUGCGCCGAACGACGAUAUCACUAUCACGUGCGACUGCGAUGCGACACCGGCCAUGCAGCUGAAAGCGCUCCGGCAGAAGGGUGAAAAAGUCGAGGUCUCCCACUACAGAGUCAACAUCAACAAAUUCCGGGCCCGGCUACACAUCCUCUGCAUCACCGAGAAGCUUACCGCUCAAGUCCGCGCCGACGGAUGGCCUGAGAUCAAAAUAGGUCUGGCCCCGGUGGGAAGCAUAAAAAACAACAAAUUGGACGAAUCUCAGCUCCAAGAUGUGGUGAUCGAGAUCUUGACAAAUGCCGUGCGGAGCACCCAACUAAAUCUCAACUUGGGGCAGUUCCCUAACUGCCCUCGCUUCAGCCGCUACCUCCCCGAGCAGCCGCCGGUACUCCCUGUUCACUACGACAGCUUGUUGUUGUCUUCAAAAUAUCCUCAGCCACCUCCUGUUUCAAAGUCAGGAGACAGAAAGCUCCUUGUCAAAGUUGUUAAGGCACAAAACCUCAGCCUCCCAGCAGGUACUACAGAUACUUACUGCGUCAUUGAAAUGGAUGAGCCUCCUCAGAAAAAUCAAACUGCUAUCAAGAAAGAAACCAAUAGUCCUCAAUGGGAUGAGCACUUUCUAUUUGAGAUCAAUCCCCGCACUGCAGAACUACUAUUCGAAAUUUACAGUCGAUCAAAAAGUGGAACUGACGAUAAAUUCCUUGGUUUGGGAAUUGUUGGAAUGGAAGAAUUGCUCAUCAGCCCCGCUCAAAGGCAAACAAUUUCCCUCCAAUCGAGACCGUAUCAAGAUGAUAAAAUUUCAGGGACUUUAACUGUCGAGUUUAAUUUCACAGAGGGAUCUGAAAUACCACUCCCCAAUGCUCAACCGUACAAGUUGAAAGAAACUCUCAACUCAGUGUCUUCCAUGGGUAAAAUGACCACAACAACAAAAACCGUGUACCAAAGUUCUAACCAUGAUCACCUGUCAAAUGGGGUGACAGAGUCAGCUCUAAAAGACAUAGGAAUGCGAAAUAGGAUAAACCAACAGAACAAUACUGGACCGAGCAAAAGCACCCUCAUAAUUCAUAGCGUUCAGAGGCAAUUACCACCUCACUACAUUCAGGUGAAGAAAAACGAGAAAGGCGAAUGGAUAGAGCUGGCCGAGUCAGACAGUAAAAUUGAAACAUGCUCUACUGACUCGAAAGUAGAACCGUCAGGAAUGGAGCCAUCUCCUUCAGCACAGGUCAUUGGGCAGGAAGGCAAACCAACAGUGAAUGGCAGUGGGACAGACAUUAGCACGGCGAUUCAACAAGCUUCAAGCCCUGAAGCUGAAAGAGGCCGCACAAGGCGGAGAAGAGAUUUCUUUGGAACUAUCAGGCGACGUCUUAACCGAUCAAAAGGAAGAUCAAAGUCAGUAGACCCAGGUGCUGAACAAACUGAAGAAUCAGGGUUAAGUGAUACUGGAUUCAGUCGGUCUGCGUCUGCCGACAGAUCACGGGACCCUUCUGUUCACUCAUUAGGAUACCUCUUAGUACCACCUUUACAACGAGACGGCUCAGCUCGAUCUAGUUUUAGUGAAGCAUCAGGGAUUAGUGGUGCCUCUCAACGGACCUAUGUUAAUGAAGCAUCCACACUCGUCUUAGAAACCCUCGAAAAUGGAGAAAAAAAACAUUACAUGGUACCUAUAUCUAUCGCACACAGGGGUAGAUGGAGGAAAAAAGGCACCAAACUCCAUAUCUUCAAUGACCAUACUUUCGUAGCAAAACAUUUACCGAGUGGCACGAUAUGUGAAGUUUGUAAUAAAUUCCUUCCCAGAAGAAUCGGCAAGCAAGGUUAUGAAUGUAGAGACUGUGGGUUAAAAUGCCACAAACAGUGUCAUGUUAAGACUGACCGCACUUGUCCUCACUCAUCUCUACAUAAUUUGGAAUUGUCCCUGUUGCCGGUACUGAGUGAAUAGACUGUCGACAACUGCUUUCCCAUUUCUUCGCCCAAGAAAUAACAAGUGGUGCCGCUGACCAGCCCCAAAGGAUGACCCGCUGGACUGGAGAGUAGACAUCUGAUGUAUCUCUCCUCAAGCAUGUUCCUUUUAUCUGUUACCAAUUUGUUAUACUAAUUUAUUUGUUCGUUUGUACCCAAGGAUUUUUCAUUGCUGGUUGAAAGGUCUCGGGGACCAGAAAUAUUGCAGGAUUUUGCAUUUUUGUGAGGGAAACUUUUGAAUUGCAAUGGCAUCUCAUUUGUACACAUUAAAAGAGUGAGUGAUCUGUGACAGGCCCAAAGUUGAGUCUAACUUUAUAAUGUUACAUAUAUUAAAGAUUGGGGAUUGCCAUGAUCAUGGAAAUAGUGAGAUCAAACAAUAUCAAUCCAGCUUAAGUUUCCCACAUUUGCAAGGCCAUGAAUUCAUAGAAAUGAUAUAAUUUCAAAAAUUGAAGAGGCCGUUAAGUGUAGUAUUACGCUAUCCAGCUAUCUGUGAGUCGCUAGCUUUGUGCAGGCUGUGAUAUAUCAGAUGAGGACAGCUAACCUCAAACUAGAGGUUAUUCACUUUGACUCUAGCCUCUGUUUUUCAGCUUUCAAAGAAAUCUUAUUUGUUUACAUCUUAGUCUAAAGAACUUUAAGGUCCCUCCAUUUAAGUAUUUAGCAGGGUUUUUUGUAAAUAAAUAAGUAAAACUUUUAGUAUAACGAACAUCACAAGCUUUGGAGGUGCUUAAUGUUGAUCCUCUUUCAUCAUGACAAUAACUUUUAUGAAGAGCUUAUAAGGUCAAAAAUAAAGGAGGCCUUAUUUGUAAGAAUUGUGGUCUUAAAUCAGGGAGUGUGAGGUGUUUUAAGGCGAGCAAGAGGCCAAAAGGAAUAAACUUUCAGAUGAAUUUUUAUAGUAGGAACUAUCGUACUUAGUUCAAAUAAUUUUAAACCUUUAGCUCUGCACCUUAAGAACAAUAAUCGCUUGAAGGAUAUAGAGGUCGGUUGCAAAAAAGAUUCUCUUUUGCAAUGUCUCUAUCCCUCUGUUUUUUCAGAGCAGGAGAGAAAGAGGAAGAGAUUAAAUUUCAAUGACAAUUCGUUAUUUUGUUUUCGCUCAUUGACAUUGAAGAAACAAUUAACCUAACAACUCUGGGGUACGAAUCAUCUUUUUAUUUUGUAAUGAAACAGUGUAGAUACUUGAACCUAUAGGCUUUAAAAAUUAAAAAGGAACAAAAGAAAAUUUGGAGUUGAUUUUUGUCAUAUCAGGUAAUUUAAGAAUCAGGGUUAAAAUUUUUUCAGUCCGUAAGUUUCCAAAUGGCAAAAAAAAGGAACAAAAUUAUAUUUUAAAGCAAUCUUUUUUCUUUCCAACCAGUCCAGCAGCUCUAAAUUUUUAAAUCUAUUCUUUUUCUCCUGUCUCUGCCAACACUUUUACCCGUUCCUGGACGGAUGUUUAGAUUUUUUAAUUGUUAAUCAUAAGGAAUUUGUAAAUACAUUGGUACUGAUCAGAUUUUUAUAUUCACGUUAUUUAAGAUAUUGAAAUCUUGUAUGCUGUGAAAAUAUGCCUGUUUAUUAUAUUUUUUUUUUUUUUUGUUUCUAAUCACAGCAGCUAACUUCUAAAGAUGACAUACAAGUCACUUUCGUUUCGCACUGAAAUGAAUAUGAUGAACCCUGCGCAUGUCAAAUUUUGUGGUUCAGAAUACUUAUAUCUCUUUAAUCUGUGAUCUCCAAAUAGAUGAAUUUUUCUUAGAAAGCAAGAGAAAAUCUGACCAUAAAUCUGGCAAAAUUGAUUCAACGUCAAUUGACGACCAAGAUUUAAGAUACAGACCAGUCACCAAGAGCCCCGUGAUAAAUUUAAGACUAGCAUUGGUUUAAAGAGCCUUCUGUUCUCUUAGUCUUGACAAAACGAUGUUGAAAAUUUAUUUUAAAUCAAUCUCAGCGAAAACUUUUUGAAUGAAAAAGUUUGCAAAAUAUCUUCGUGAUUCAUAACAGAGGGUCAUCAAAAAGAAAUUUCAAAGAAAGGUUCAAAGGAAUCAUCCACAUCAGCCGCAUUUAAAUUUUCACAUCAAAAUGCUGUUAUAUUCAAAUAUCUCAAAUCCGCUUCGUUUUGAAGUUGUUCAUGUUUAUCUACAUGUGGUGGUCAAAUCAGCAUUAGUCGUAUCCAUUUAAUUAGGUCACAAAUCUGGGCAAAUUUUGAACUCUGGCUCUCCCCUUUUUUGAGCAUUAAAUUCAAACAUUGUCUUUCCAAACGUCAGAUUGACCGUGAUUAGAUCAAGGGACUCUUCACCUUAAUCAAUAUUUCAUUAGAUAUCGAUUUUGUAGUUAUGAACUCAUACAGCAGAGAACACAUCUCCGAAAUUCUUUUACGUUGUAGAACCUCUGUUUUUCUUUUCGAAAUGUAAUUCGAAAUGCUAAAACUAAGUAUAGCAAGUACUUAAUUGAGUUCCUGAAGGGACCCUUUCACGGCCUCUAAGUAUUGUUGUUUUUUUUUUAAGGGGGAACUCUACUUAAUGGUUUGGCUGGAUAUAUUUUAAUCAGGAAAAGGGUGCUAAGGUUGAACUAGUCAAAAAAAAAAUUGUUAUCAUUUUUCAAAAUUUAUUCUGAUGUUAUCACCACAUAUUAAGGUGGGAAAUCAUUGUUACCAACUUUUAAUGAACUUAAGAAACUUUUAUCCCUUUGAUUGUAUUACUUGCAACGAUGGUUGUCUACCGUUAAGUUUACUGUUUAAAUUUUGUAUAUUUAAGGUACCAGAACUGGUGGUUGAUGGACUUAAAUAAAAUUUUUGUUACAAACUA